GCCAACUUUCAGCUGGCGCUGGACCUGAGCGCCGGGGCGUGCGCGGGCGCCCUCGCCCCUGUUGCGCGCGCGGUGUCACCUUGGGCGCGAGCGGGGCCGCGCGCGCACGGGUCCGGGAGCCGAGGGCCAUUUAGUGGCGAUGGCGGCGACGGCGAGUCCCGGGGCUUGUGGGAUGAACGGAAAGCCCCGUACCUCCCCUAAGUCCAUCAAGUUCCUGUUUGGGGGCCUGGCCGGGAUGGGAGCUACAGUUUUUGUGCAGCCCCUGGACCUGGUGAAGAACCGGAUGCAGCUGAGUGGGGAAGGAGCCAAGACACGAGAGUACAAAACCAGCUUCCAUGCCCUCACCAGCAUUCUGAGGGCAGAAGGGCUGAGGGGCAUUUACACCGGACUGUCAGCUGGCCUGCUGCGCCAGGCCACCUAUACCACUACUCGCCUUGGUAUCUAUACCGUGCUGUUUGAGCGCCUGACUGGGGCUGAUGGUACACCCCCUGGCUUUCUGCUGAAGGCCCUGAUUGGCAUGACUGCAGGUGCAACUGGUGCCUUUGUGGGAACACCAGCUGAGGUGGCUCUUAUCCGCAUGACCGCUGAUGGCCGGCUUCCAGCUGACCAGCGCCGUGGCUACAAAAACGUGUUUAAUGCCCUGAUUCGAAUUGCCCGGGAAGAGGGCGUCCCCACACUAUGGAGGGGCUGCAUCCCUACCAUGGCUCGGGCCGUCGUUGUCAAUGCGGCCCAGCUCGCCUCCUACUCCCAGUCCAAGCAGUUUUUACUGGACUCAGGCUACUUCUCUGACAACAUCCUGUGCCACUUCUGUGCCAGCAUGAUCAGCGGCCUGGUCACCACUGCUGCCUCUAUGCCUGUGGACAUUGUCAAGACCCGGAUCCAGAACAUGCGAAUGAUUGACGGGAAGCCGGAAUACAAGAACGGGCUGAUAAAGUCCUAGGAAUGGAAUUCCUGGGUCAGUGAAAAGUUGAUUGGAGAGACUUCCUGGUCAUGCAGUGGUUAAGAAUCCGCCUGCCAAUGCAGGGGACACAGGUUCGAGCCCUGGUCUGCGAAGAUCCCACAUGCCUUGGAGCAACUAAGCCCGUGCGCCACAACUACUGAGCCUGCGCUCUAGAGCCCAUGAGCCACAACUACUGAAGCCCGCAUGCCACAACUACUGAAGACCGUGCACCUAGAGUCCGUGCUCCACAACAAGAGAAGCCACCGCAAUGAGAAGCCCGCGCACCGCAAUGAAGAGUCCCCGGCUCAAUGCAACUAGAGAAAGCGCGCGCACAGCAACGAAGACCCAAAGCAGCCAAACAUUAAUUAAUUAAUUUUUAAAAAGUUGAUUGGAAAUCUCAUUUAACAAGACGAGUAUGAACUUUCUUUCCUGUACCAAGUCCCAAGGACUUUUUUCUUCUUUACCCAAGUCGGUACGGAGAGCGCUGCCCUGGGAGAGCGAACCCUUCACCCUGGGCCUCCGGGCACCCUGGGUGCGCUCAGCGUCCCCGGCUUCUCAAGGGUCCCCCAAGGGGACAGCUGUGCUGCCUCCCUCCUCUUCCUCUCUCUCUCCCUCUUUCCGCUACCCCUUCAUUUCCACCCUCCCUUUUUGAAGGUAUUUAUUAUGACUCUUUACCCUUUUCAUCUCUUUCCAAUGGAGCCAGCCACCCUUCUGCUCUGGCUGCCAGUUCCCUCCGACACCAGGACCAACCACCUCCUCUCUCCCCAGGGGUUUCUCACAGUUUUAUAGCAGAGCGUCUACAUUUGAGGACAGAGACAACAGCCCAAGUGAGUUCACCACCUUGUCAGCUUUUUAGGGCUUCGAUGAGCACUUUAUUAAUAAAGGAGAUGUCACUGGUUGCCAGUAUUUUCUCCCACUUUGUUAUGUGCUUGCCUUUGAUUUUUUGACCCUACAGAAGCUUUCUGCAUUUUUUUUCUUUUUCUUUAUGGCCUCUGAUUUUGGGCUCCAGGAAGGGAAGAAAGACCUCUCCAGGAUGAUGAAUACAUCAAUCCUUGUUUCAUUCUAGGACUUUCUUGGCUUCAAUUUACAUUCAAAUAUCUGAUCCACCUGGUGGAAGAGAUGAGGGUCUGGUGGCUAUUUUGAUGAUUGGUUCUUCAGUUGUCCCAAAGCAUUUAUUUGAUUAACCUAGUUUUCAAAAAAAAAAUUUUUUUUUUUUUUGGCCACACCAUGGCAUGUGGGAUCUUAAUUCCCCAGCCAGGGAUUGAACCCGUGCUCCAUUCAGUGGACGCAUGGAGUCUUAACCACUG